AUGGCCACGCUCCGGCGACGCCCCCGGUCUGGGGGCCGGUCCCACUGCGAGGCCCCGUCCGGCGGCGAUGAACAGCGUUUCACGCGACACAGAGAUGGCACUGGCGCCGACUCCACUGGCCUCUCGCACCGCGAGAGGGAGGAGCGAGUGCGGCAGUACCAGCAGCUGCAGAGCGACGAAGCUGACCGGCGACGGCAGGAGCUCGCCCGCCAGGAGGAGCAGGACGUCCGGCAGCGGGAGCAGGCCGAGCAGGAGCGGCGCCGCCGCUACCGGGAGCUGGGUCUGCGCGAGACGGAGCGACGCUCACAGGUGGAGGACCGCCGCCGUCAGAUGGAGGAGACGGAGGCGGAGCGGCGCGCCGCCAUCGCCCGCCGCAACCAGGAGCGCGAGGCCAUGCUGGAGACGCGCCGCCAGCACCAGACCAGCCAAAUCAUGCUGGGCUUCGGCAGCGCCACGCCGCGCUGGGAGGUGACCGGCGACAUGGGCAAAAGGUACGAUGAGUUCUGGCGGCGGUCGGGCUCGCCGGUUACGUCCCAUCUCAUCCCCAGAUGGACGUCCGCCUCGCAGAUCGACGGCGCCGGCGAGCGGCACUCGCCGGACGGUAAGCGCCUGCCCGCCGCCGCCGCCGCCGCUGCGCCGCCCCCUGGGGACGCCUCUGCACGCCUGCAGGGCCAGGAGGAGCCGUCGGCGCGCCGCCACCGCUCCGACCUGAUGCCGACCGUGCCGGGCGGCUCGUUCCGCGACCCGCCGCCGCCGCGCCGCCGCUCGCCAGGUAAAGCCGUCUCGCUGAGCCGGCUGGACCAGGUGGCGAGGCCGCGACCGCCGGCGCGCCGCCCGCCGCCCGAGAGCACGCUGCAGCCGCCGCCGGCUAAACGCAUGUCCCAGAGCCUAAGCCACCUGGCAACGCCGGCGCAGGUGAAGGUGGACGACGCAAGGAAGAAGGAGGCGGAGGAGCAGCGCGCCCGCGAGGAGCAGGCGCGGCUGGAGGAGGAGCAGCAGCGGCGCCAGCGCGAGCUGGAGGAGGCGGCCGCGCGCGAGGAGGCGGAGCGUGCUCGGCUGGCGGCCGCCGAGAAGCUGCGCCAGGAAGAGGCGGAGCGCAAACAGCGCCGCAGCCGCGUGGCCGAGAUCAUGAGCCGCACGCGCAACAACAACGCCCAGGAGAAGACGGAGGGCUUGGAGGGGGAGGAUGAGGCCGCUCCCACCGAGUCGGAGAUGAACGCGGCGAACGCUGCCCCACCAAGCGGGCCAGAGCAAGCGCCCGAGCCUGCGCCCGAGCCGGAGCCGGAGCCGGAGCAGCCCAUGUCGACUGGUUCGAGCCCGGCACACACCAACGGCACCAACGGUCACAGCGGCGGGCCCAGUCCGGAGCCGGCCGAAGACGACCAUCACAGCGACAUCAUCCUGCCGCCGCUACACGCGCUGAGCCUCAAGUCGACGCCCACCGCUGACGAGGACUCGCUCAACUCUAACGACACGUCACACGCCGCCGUCUGUCUGGCGGCCGCGCCGGCCGCCGAGCUCGACCACGCGGCUCCGAUGGCAGAGCUGGUGCAGUUGUAGUGGCCGGUGAGGAGGAGCAGGAGGAGCCGUAGUGGCGGUGGCGAACGGCGUCAAGCUCCGUCCGUCGGCGCGGCGCGCCGGCAGUCUUCCACAGACCGGCCGCCGCCGCUCGGGGCGCCCCUAGCGGCUGGACGGCGCAACUCGGCCGAGCCCGACCGACGGAGUCCGCGGGACCGCACGUAGGCCGCUGUGGCCCGGGGCGCUGACGCCCGUGGUCUGCGGGGGGCCGCAGGAACAGACCCGCCCUCCGUGCGUGCGGGAGAGCGGCGGUAGGGAAGCUGGGCAGGACGAAGUCGCUGCGUUUUCCUUUUAGCUGUAUUUUGCUGCUCGCUGGCCAGGGAGGCAUUUUAUUGGACCGCGGACGGGGAGUUCCCGUUCUUAGCGAGGUCGCCGCUGUUAAGAGAGCUGCUCGGCAGCGAGUUUAAUCAGAAUCGUGUUGCUGGGCGUGAGAGGGUUUGAACGGUGGGCCGAUGCUUGGAACGAACGACGGGGCGGAAGCGGUGCAUCGCCCGUGUCGAACUGUAUCGAUAUUGUCAAGCUGGCCUUUGAUGUGUCUAGUGUAAAUGCGUGGUUUUAAGUCUUACCCUGCUCUUGCGCUUAUUACGUGAUUAAUGUCUUGUUUUACAGGAGCGUUUACAGUUGGCAACUGCAGUCAUUCUUUCCGAGGAAUGCUUGUUUUGUAAAUGUUCGAUUGUGUACAAUAAACUGCGACUAUCCAACGCG